GUGCCCACUGCAACACCGCCUGGGUAGCAUCUCGUUGCCACUUGACGCUGAUCGAGGCUCUGACGCCAGCUGUGGAUUCUGUUAAACUCCCCCAUUGCACCUUGAGGGCGUCACAACUUCGGAUCUGGUGAAACAAAGUCGCUGAGGAGAGGGAGAGUCCAGUUUAAGAUUACCGAGUCGGAUUUAAACUGAGUGGCAUCAUCACCGAAAGACAAAGGCAUCAACAGUGGAACGCAACUUAAGGACUAGACCCCACAAGCAGAGACUUAUUUAAAACCCCCGCAUUUAAACGACAUGGCGACCACAGGCAUGCAACUGGUAGGCCUCAUCAUGUCCAUCCUGGGUUGGGUGGCCGGGGCAGUGGUGAUCCUGGUGCCGCUGUGGCGAGUCACUGCCUUCAUCGGCAACAACUUGGUGACUGCGCAGAUCAUCUGGGAAGGCUUGUGGAUGAAUUGCAUUGUGCAAAGUACGGGUCAGAUCCAGUGUAAGGUCUACGACAGCAUGCUGGCGCUGCCCAGCGACAUGCAGGCUGCCCGCGGCCUCACGGUGCUCUCGGUUAUGCUUUGCGCCGUGGCUCUGGCUCUGGGGGUGCUUGGCGUGAAGUGCACCAAGUGCGUAGGUGUCAACAGUCUCAAGGCACGCAUUGCGCGCAUCUCAGGGGUGCUCUUUGCCGUCGCCGGCUUCCUCUUCCUGGUGCCAGUCUGCUGGACCGCCCACUCCAUCAUCAGGGAUUUCUACGACCCGCAUGUGGCCGCCCCGCACAAGCGUGAACUGGGCCCAGGCCUUUAUAUCGGCUGGGGGGCAUCAGCAUUGCUCCUGGUCGGCGGGUCUCUUCUGUACGCCGGUUCCAGUCCGCCCGGCAUGCCCGGAUCGCCCACCUUCAGUAGCGGAGAAAGCAGCCCUCGUCGAGCGCCCGCCUCACAGGCUAAGGGCUAUGUUUAACAUGGCCUAAUACAAGGUUCCCCCCAACUGAUGACAAGCCUGUUUCACUUUCCUUUUGAAAUUUAAUGUUGUUCAGCAUACUUAGAGAAAUUGAACUCCAAGUGUGAUUAAGUAACCUUUUCUUCUCUGUAUUUGAUUGUUAAAUACAAUAAAACAUUUGGCCAUUACUUAUGUAAAACCU